CCACUGAAACUAAAUCACCUAAACUUUUUACUUCCAAACUGUCCAAUACACUAUGAAGAAAAUAGGAGUAUUAAUGACAUGUCCAAUGUCAUCCUACUUAGAACAACAACUCAACAACCGUUUCAACCUCUUCAGAUUAUGGGAAACGCCUUCAAAACCCGAGUUCUUGAAUCACAACGGUAACUCAAUCCAAGCCAUUGUAGGUAACGCGUUUUUUGGUGCUGACUCGGAACUCAUAGAUGCAUUGCCGAAUUUGGAAAUCGUAUCGAGUUACAGUGUGGGUUUAGAUAAGAUUGAUUUGGAUAAGUGUAAAGAGAGAGGGAUUAGAGUUAGUAAUACACCUGAUGUGUUGACUGAUGAUGUAGCUGAUACAGCUAUUGGAUUGGUGUUGGCUGUGCUUAGAAGGAUUUGUGUUGCUGAUGGGUUUGUGAGAAAUGGGGUUUGGAAUAAUCAAGAUUUUGAGUUGACAACAAAGUUCAGUGGUAAAUCAGUUGGCAUAAUUGGAUUGGGCAGAAUUGGUUCAGCAAUAGCAAAGAGAGCUGAAGCUUUUGGAUGCCCCAUUAGCUACCACUCCAGAUCCAAGAAACCAAACUUAAACUACAAAUACUACUCUACUGUGGUGGAUUUGGCUGCAAAUUCUGAAAUCCUUAUUGUUGCAUGCGCUUUGACUGAAGAAACACGACACAUUGUUAAUCGCAAAGUGCUUGAUGCAUUAGGUUCAAAAGGCAUCUUAAUCAACAUAGGUCGAGGUGCACAUGUAGAUGAAUCGGAACUUGUAGCUGCACUGAUUGAAGGUCGUAUUGGUGGGGCUGGUCUUGACGUUUAUCAGAAGGAACCAGAGGUUCCUGAACAAUUGUUCGGACUUGAAAAUGUUGUUUUAUUGUCCCAUGCUGCAAGUGAUACAGUAGAAACUUGCACGGCCAUGGCGGACCUUGUUAUUGCAAACUUGGAAGCUCAUUUUCUUCACAAACCAUUGUUGACUCCUGUGCUCUGAACAUGUUCAUUCAUCAAUGCUUGCUGGACAUUCAGUAGGAGUUGUUUCUUUGAACAGAUUGAACAUUUCCAAGAUUCUGGAAUUGUAUUCUUUUCUAUUUAAUGAUGAAAACUACAAUGCUGCAUUUGUAGGGUA